UGGCAGGAGUGCGCAAUGCUGGGGAGCCUGGUGCCUUCGAGCUCCAGGGGGGGACGAUUGGGAGCAGGCGUGACAAUUGUGAGCCGUCCUCCCCUCGGCAGCCUGCACUGGCAUACAGCACUACCAGUACAGCUCAGUUCUCGGGCAUACAGUGUGAUACCGCCCCCGCGCGACGAAGCAGAGAAGGCUUUGCUGCACAGUAUGUUGCGGGUGGACCACGCAGGGGAAUACGGUGCCAACCGCAUCUACGCCGGCCAGAUGGCAGUGUUGGGAAGGACACAGACAGGACCGCUUAUUCAGGAAAUGUGGGAUCAAGAGAAGAAGCAUCUUGCCAAAUUCAAUGAGAUCCUUGCAGAGAACAGAGUUCGCCCAACGUUGCUGUUGCCCCUCUGGAACGUUGCAGGUUUUUUACUAGGAGCGGGCACCGCUCUGCUGGGUAAAGAAGGGGCCAUGGCCUGUACUGUGGCUGUGGAGGAGAGCAUCUCAGAGCACUACAACAGCCAGAUCAGAGCCCUCAUGGAGGAGGACCCAGACAGAUACGUAGAGCUGUUAAAAUUAAUAAAGGAAUUCCGAGAUGAUGAGAUGGAACAUCAUGAUACAGGACUGGAGCACGAUGCUGAAUCUCUACCCGGAUACAAGCUUUUGAAGAGUGCAAUACAACUUGGCUGCACAGCCGCAAUAUUCGCGUCUCAGCGCCUAUAAAGUGAUGGAGAUAGUGUGUUAUCCUGCUAUACUAAGGCGCAAUGAACGGCCCGCUGAACUGUUUCUGCUCCUGUCGCCCCAGCCAAGGCCCAUGAACAGCCCACUGAACUGUUUUCUGCCCCAAUGUCGAGGGACGUGCUUUUGUCUUGACAUGAGACUACUGUAGAUGUCUGGAAAAAUCUGACUAACUUUAAUUUGGAAGUGUAAUGUCCCUUUAAACUUCACUAGGCAUUGUGUGUGUCAGUGUGUGUUUCGUCACCUGUACCCCAGCUUUUUUCCCACUGAGGAGUCAUUUCUCACUGGGGCCAGGCCGCUGGUUCUCAGGCAGGGAGUUAUUUUACCCAGCAUGAGUUCAGAGGAGUUUUUUUUAGAUGGGGUGGGUUUAUGUAUCAGACCUGACCCUAAAGGUUAACAUGCUGUAACUCUGCUCUUUUUGUCCCCUCUGCCUUAAAAAUAGCCCCUCCUCCCCUCAUGUAAUGCACUGAGCGGGCCGGCUGGCACACACCCCAAGAUGGACAAAACUACUCAAACGUAUUACGAGUCCUAUACCGGGAACACUUUACAUUUACAUUUUUAGUCAUUUAGCAGACGCUCUUAUCCAGAGCGACUUACAGUAGAGUGCAUACAUUUUUAAAUCAUUUUAAACCUUACCCGUCCACCCAGCGUACUAUUAGCAGUCCGCGAUGACUUAUGACGACACAGAGACACGCAUGUAUGUACAGUUGAAGAUGGACGUUUACAUACACCUUAGCCAAAAACAUUGAAACUCAGUUUUUCACAAUUCCUGACAUUUAAUCCUAGUAACAAAUCCCUGUCUUUGGUCAGUUAGGAUCACCACUUUAUUUUAAGAAUGUGAAAUGUCAGAAUAAUAGUAGAGAGAAUUAUUUAUUUCAGCUUUUAUUUCUUUCAUCACAUUCCCAGUGGGUCAGAAGUUUAC